GCACAAGCAUGGACCUCGAUGACGUUUUGCCCCAAGUCGGCGAAUUUGGACGUUAUCAAAAAUUAGUUUUGUGGUUUAUUUUACUUCCCGGAGUUUUCCCUUGCGGGUUUCACGCUUAUAAUCAACUUUUUAUGGCGGCAACACCUGACCAUUGGUGUAGAAUCAAAGAGUUGGAAGAAUACGAUGCAAGAUUAGUCCGGAAUAUAAGUAUACCAACUGUAGUUCUGUUAGAUGGACAAACAAGAUUCAGUCAGUGUACAAUGUAUGAUUUGAAUUACACAAAUUCUUUGGAGUUUUACGAGUCGGUGAAUUAUACCAACGUGAGGACGGUUCCAUGCGAACAUGGAUGGGUUUAUGAUAAAGAAGGUCAUGAGAAUACUAUUAUUACGGAGUGGGAUUUAGUUUGCGAUAAAGACCUUUCAGCCACUCUGGCUUUAGUUCUUUUAGGCCUUGGUGGCCUUCUCGGCAAUUAUUUUUUUGGUUACGUCCAAGAUGGUAUCGGCCGAAAACCUGCUUUCUUUAUUUAUCUCUUCAUACAAUGCGUCUUUGGCAUAGCGACCGCCUUUGCAAAUAAUUUUGCCACUUGGGCCAUUUUCCGCUUUGGAGUUGGCUUCACGGUGCCGGCAAUAUUGGGUACCCCUUAUGUCCUAGCAAUUGAACUUGUGGGUCCUCGACAUCGUACCCUAGUCACAAUUUUGAUUAAUAUAGCUUAUUCCUUGGCAUUAGUUAGUUUAGCUAUAAUUGUGUGGGUUAUCAGAGAGUGGCGAAUGCUAGCUCUGGCUACAACUUUACCCUUUCUCACCCUUUUCCUUCACUGGUGGCUCUUACCAGAAAGUCCAAGAUGGCUCCUUGCACAAGGGAGGAUAAAAGAGGCUGAAAAAAUUCUCCUUCAAAUGGGAAAAAUCAAUGGAAAAAAAUUACCGGAAAAUUUUAUUUUGAGUCUAACAACACAAGAUAUGAAUCAAAAUGUUGUUCAAAUUGACUAUGGAAUUAGACACUUGUUUCAGUCACCAAACCUUCGUUGGAAGACUAUAAUUGUGACAUUUAUUUGGUUUACAAAUACUAGUGUUUAUGUAGGUUUGUCCUAUUAUGCCCCGGCUCUCGGUGGUGAUGAAUUUUUGAAUUUUUUCCUUGCUGGUGCGGUGGAACUACCAACAUAUCUUUUUCUUUGGCCAGCAAUGGAGAAAUGGGGUCGUCGAUGGUCGCUUUGUGUCAGUAUGGUUGUUGGAGGUUCUGCUUGUCUUGCAACUUUCUUAGUGCAAAAUGAUUCUGUAAUAACACUUGGUCUUUACUGCAUUGGCAAAAUGGGAAUAUCGUCUUCGUUUGUGGUUUUGCCAUUGAUGGCUUCGGAAUUGUACCCAACUGUGGUUCGAGGUUUGGGUAUGAGCGUGAGUUCAAUGAUGGGAAUGUUGGGUCCGGUGUUUAUUCCGAUGGUUAACUAUCUGGGAUCUGAUAUGCUGACUCUCCCAUUGAUAAUUAUGGGUACGAUGUUAGUGAUGGGUGGUGCCUGUUCCUUGUUAUUGCCGGAAACCUUAAAUCAGCAUCUUCCGCAGACUCUGCAAGAUGCUGAGAAAGCCGGACUCGAUUGUUUUGCAUGCUGCACUCCUCCGCAACUAGACUCAAAGAUACGCGCCAUGCACGAAAGUCGUUUUUAAUCAUGAUCGAUCUGUGUAAAUCACAUGCACGUGAAAUUGAGUGCAUUGCCUCUUUCGAUACAAUUUCACGGUCUUUGUAGCCACCGGUAAAUGGUAGACCCUCCUUUCAAUUAGAUCGUAAUUACGCCGAUACUGUGUGUAUGUAGAACGAAUCUGUAAUGGAUUUCUUACACUAUAUGCAAUUUUUAUUGUGCACUCACAUUACAUAAAAAAUUAACAUAAGUACCUAUUUUGACCAACAAGUAAAAAUAAACAUUGAAACAAGAAGUUUUGUAGUAAUUUUGUCUAAAACU